AUGGGAGUCAACAGUUUGCUCAGAAAAAGGGAACGCUUUCUCCAGCCGCCGGUGAAAAGAGGGAAGCGCGCCCCGCCGCCAGGCUGCCUCCUCUCCCCCCCGCCCCAAACAAGCCCCCGGCGUCGAAAGCGCGGGUAUUGGCUGGCGGGGCGAGGCGAGAGGCGUGGCCGGAGGAGGGCGCGGCCGCGCGAGCCGGACCCCGGGGCCGCUGUCUGCCUCGCGCUCCGCGGCGCGCGCGCUCUCCGGCUCCGCAGGUCCGCCCGGCGCGAGGAGCCCGACGCCGGAGGCACCAUGCGAGGCUGCUGGGCGCUGGGGCUGGCGUGGCUGGCGCUGCUGGGCGCGGCAACAGGUGGCACAAAACCUUCUAUUAUCCCCACGACGUCAACUUUAGUUGUGAAUAGUGGGGAAGAAUUAAAGUUGUUGUGUAAUGAUGAUGGCCCGGUGACCUGGGAUUUUCAGAACACGGACCCAUCGGGAUUCCCAAAGAGUUCAAAAAAUAAGGAGCUAUACAUACCCAGUGCAAGAGCCAAAGACACAGGAACAUAUACGUGCAAAAACAGAGAGAGCUUGAACAGCUCCAUUUAUGUUUAUGUUAAAGACCCGCAGCACCUGUUCCUUUUCGAGUCUCUCGUCUUUGCGAAGGAAGAUGACGAUACGCUUAUUCCUUGCGCAGUGACUGAUCCAAGCGUUUUAAAUUUUACUUUGAAGAAAUGUCAUGGAACGCCUCUGCCUGAGAAUAUGGUGAUAGUUCCAGAUCUUCAGAAAGGGAUCGCAAUAAAAAAUGUGCAAAGGUCGUUUCAUGGCUGUUACCAGUGUGUGGCACUGCAAAAUGGAGUUGAGAGAACAUCGGAAUUCAUUUAUCUGUCUGUGAGAGCAGUUCACAAAUCCCUUCCAGUCAUCACCUUAUCCAAAGCAAACCAGCUUCUCAAAGAAGGUGAAGAAUUUAAAGUCACGUGUACAAUCAGGGAUGUAGAUAGCACUCUGCACGCUAAUUGGAUUUUUCAAGGCAAUGCGAAUGUUGCAAGGAAAAGCAAGAAUAUGGGGGAUUUUGAAUAUGAACGAAAAUUAACGUUGAGCAUCCGUUCAGUGGGAGUUAAUGAUUCUGGAGUGUUCCUGUGCCAAGGAAGAAACCAGUUUGGAACAUCCAAUGCCACUAUAACCUUGAAAGUAGUAGGUAAAGGAUAUGUCAUUUUAUCAUCUACAACGAACACGACGGUAACUGUCAACGAUGGAGAAAAUCUGGAUUUAACAGUGGAGUAUGAAGCAUAUCCAAAACCGGAAGAAGAAGUAUGGAUGUAUAUGAAUAAAACGCUGCAAAAUUCAUCUGACCAUUUUGUCCGCAUGACCAGCAUAGGCAAAAACAGGUAUUCCAGCGAACUUCACCUUACUCGACUAAAGGGAACAGAAGGAGGUGUUUACACAUUUUUGGUGUCUAAUUCAGAUGCCACCUCAUCUGUAGCAUUUAAUGUCUAUGUGAAGACCAAACCAGAGAUUCUGUCUUUGGACAGACUUAGCAAUGGCAUGUUCCACUGCGUAGCAGCUGGGUAUCCUGCACCUACAAUAGACUGGUACUUUUGCCCGCCAGCUGAGCCAAGAUGUUCAGAUUCGGCCAAAAUGUCUCCAGUGGAUGUGAAGCUCAAUUAUAGUGCUCCUCCCCUCCUUUCCUUUGGAAAUAUACUGGUUGAAAGCACCCUGGAUGCCAGCCCGUUCAAGAACAAUGGCACCAUCAAAUGUGAUGCUUCCAACGACUUUGCCAGCAGCUCGACUUUUUUCAACUUUGCAAUUAAAGAGCAAAUCAGUACCCACACCCUUUUCACUCCCUUGUUAAUUGGCUUUGGGGUAGCAGCAGGAAUCAUGUGCAUCACCGUUAUGGUUCUCAUGUACAAAUAUCUCCAGAAACCCAAGUAUGAAAUUCAGUGGAAAGUGGUUGACGAAAUAAAUGGAAACAACUAUGUUUACAUAGACCCUACACAGCUUCCGUAUGAUGACAAGUGGGAGUUUCCUAGAAACCGGCUAAGCUUGGGUAAAAUCCUUGGAGCUGGAGCUUUUGGGAAAGUCGUUGAAGCGACCGCCUACGGUUUGUCCAAACCAGAUGGGGCAAUCAGAGUUGCUGUAAAAAUGCUCAAACCCAGUGCCCAUUUCACUGAAAGAGAAGCCCUGAUGUCAGAACUAAAAGUGUUAAGUUACCUUGGCAACCAUAUUAACAUCGUGAAUCUGCUUGGAGCUUGCACUGUUGGAGGUCCCACUUUGGUCAUCACGGAAUACUGCUGCUAUGGUGACCUUUUGAAUUUUCUGAGAAGGAAACGUGAUUCCUUUAUUUUCCCAAAGCACGAAGAAACAGCUGUUUACAAGAACCUGCUUUAUCAAAAAGAACGCAUGUGUGAUGGCAUCAAUGAAUACAUGGACAUGAAGCCAGGAGUAUCUCAGAUCAUCCAUGCCAAAACAACCUCAAGACAUCCAGGGAGGCCAGGAUCAUUUGCUAAUCAGGACAUCACUGUUGCCAUUUUAGAAGAUGAUGAACUGGCUCUGGAUAUUGAAGAUCUGUUAAGUUUUUCUUACCAGGUUGCAACAGGCAUGAGAUUCCUUGCCGCUAAAAAUUGCAUUCAUAGGGACCUGGCAGCAAGGAACAUCCUCCUUACUCAUGGCCGCGUAACAAAAAUCUGUGACUUUGGCCUUGCAAGAGAUAUCAGGAAUGACUCAAAUUACGUGGUCAAAGGAAAUGCCCGGCUUCCUGUGAAGUGGAUGGCACCGGAAAGCAUUUUUGAGUGUGUGUAUACAUUUGAGAGUGACGUCUGGUCCUAUGGAAUACUGCUUUGGGAGCUGUUUUCGCUAGGAAGCAGCCCCUACCCUGGCAUGCCUGUGGAUUCCAAGUUCUAUAAAAGAAUUAAGGAAGGAUACAGAAUGUUCAGCCCAGAAUUUGCACCUGCUGAAAUGUAUGAGAUAAUGAAGAGUUGCUGGGAUGUGGAUCCUGUGAAGAGGCCAACCUUUAAGCAAAUCGUGCAGCUGAUCGAACAGCAGAUUUCAGAUACCACAAACCAUAGUUAUUCAAAUGUUACAAGUAACAUUUGCAGUCAAGGAAGUGGCACAGAUCACUCGGUGAGAAUUAACUCGGUGGGCAGCAGUGCUUCAUCCAAUCAGCCCCUACUUAUGCACGAGGAAGCUUGAAGACAGACUGCUAGCCUGGAUGGAGAAUCUACUGU